GAAUACAAAUUUGACGUCCGCAAGAACUCUUUCUCUCUCUAUGUUUCUCUCUCUAAAAAGGACAGCGCAGAGAAAACUCAAAGAAAAACUCUUCUCUUUUCUCUCUCUCUCUACUGAAACUUUUGGAAAAAAAGCCAAACAAAGCCUUAUAUAUGCAUACAUGCUUAUCUGUAUCUAUAGAUACAUAUAAAUAUAUAUAUAGAGAGGUGAUUGUGAGUGUAAGUAACUUCUUUAUAUUUUUUAGCUUGGUGUGCCCUAGUUGUUAUCGGUAAUUUGAGCUGUAGAUCUUGUUUUUUCUACUUUAUUAAGCGAUUUAAGGCUCGAUCAAGUUAAGAUGAGUGGAUAAAGAUAGUUACUUGAGCAUAAAAAGUGAAACUUUAGGAUGUUAAGAGUUAAAUAUUUUAGCUUUUACUUGGUAUUUUGUGAUUUUGAAGUUUGUCUUGAUGAUACACAACUAGGUAUGCCUCAAAAUGGGGAGUUUGGAAUGUGUAGGUUUGAUUCGGAGAGGAAAUCGAUGACUGAACUAAUUGAUAUUGUAGAUUCUGCUUGUUGUUCUGUGUAAUUUAGUUUUUAGAGUUGGUAUUUAAGUUUCUAGAGUUGGGUUGUUAGGGUUGGUAGAUUUUAGAAUUCUAUAAUUGGUUUAAGUGUUUGUAGAUUGUUAUAAAAUAUGGUUCCUUCAGGGCCUCCUAAUCCACUUGGAGGUGCUCAGCCUGUUCCGUCUUCGUUAUUGCGGUCGAAUUCUGGGUUGAUGGGUGGUCAAGGGAGUGGAAUGCCUUCCCAGGGUGGUGGUUUUCCUUCGAUUGUGUCACCUCGGACUCAGUUUGGUAACAUGAACAUGUUAGGGAAUGCUCCAAAUGUUUCGUCUUUGCUUCAUCAGUCUUUAGGAAAUGGUGGUCAUAAUCCAGGUCUUCCUGGUCCUGGAAUGUCUCAGCGAGUUGAUAAUGGGGCCGAGUCUGACCCACUGUCUAGUGCGGGAAAUGGUAUGGGUUUUAAUACUCCUUCGACAUCGUUUGUGUCAUCGGCCAUGACGGGAAAUCCAAAUUCAGGUCAAGUUCAGGGACAGAGGUUUCCUAGCCCUUCUGGUAACCAGAUGUUAACUGACCAAUCACCGUCUCAACAGCUUGAUUCCCAGAAUUACCAACAACAUAAUCAACAAUUUCAGCAAUUUUCUGCUCCUAGCAAUUCCCAAACACCGCAACAGCAGCAGCAAUUUCAAUCCAUGCGAGGUGGAUUAGGAGGUGUAGGACCUGUCAAACAGGAGCCCCAGGCGAGCAAUGAUCAAGCACCACAACAGUUGCAAGCACUGCGAAACCUGGCAAGUGUAAAGCAGGAGCCCCAACAGCAGAUACAAAGUAUGAGAGGCCUUACCACCGUAAAGCAGGAGCCGCAACAUUCCUCACCCUCGCUGUUUCUACAUCAGCAACAGCAGCAGCAGCAGCAACAACAACAGUUACUUCACAUGUCGAAGCAGUCCCCUCAAGCUGCCGCUGCGGCUCAGCUUUUUCACCAGCAGAGGCUUAUGCAGCUCCAACAACAGCAACAGCAGCAGCAACAACAACUCCUGAAAGGUCUUCCUCAGCAGAGAAACCCACUUCAACAACAAUUUCAAACACAGAAUCAUGCUAUAAGGUCUCCUGUAAAACCAGCUUAUGAGCCUGGGAUGUGUGCUCGUCGGCUAACUCAUUAUUUAUAUCAGCAGCAACACAGACCUGAAGACAAUAACAUAGAGUUCUGGAGAAAAUUUGUCGUCGAGUAUUUUGCUCCAAGUGCCAAGAAAAAGUGGUGCGUCUCUAUGUAUGGAAGUGGUCGACAGACAACUGGAGUUUUUCCUCAGGAUGUAUGGCACUGUGAAAUAUGCAACCGCAAGCCAGGUCGUGGGUUUGAAGCGACUGCUGAAGUCUUGCCCAGGCUUUUCAAGAUAAAAUAUGAAAGCGGGACUUUGGAAGAGCUACUCUAUGUUGAUAUGCCUCGUGAAUAUCAGAAUUCAUCUGGACAGAUUGUCCUAGAUUAUGCAAAAGCAAUUCAGGAGAGCGUCUUUGAGCAACUUCGCGUUGUCCGUGAUGGUCAGCUUCGAAUAGUGUUUUCACAACCCGACCUGAAGAUAGUCUCUUGGGAAUUUUGUGCUCGACGUCACGAGGAGCUAAUCCCUAGAAGACUGUUGAUACCUCAGGUGAGUCAACUUGGUGCUGCAGCUCAAAAGUACCAGGCCACCACCCAAAAUGGAACUACUGCGUCUGUUUCCGAAUUGCAGAAUAACUGCAAUAUGUUUGUUGCCUCAGCUCGUCAGUUGGCAAAGGCUUUGGAAGUUCCGUUGGUAAAUGAUUUAGGGUAUACAAAGAGAUAUGUGCGAUGCCUUCAGAUAUCAGAAGUGGUCAAUAGCAUGAAAGAUUUGAUUGACUACAGCAGAGAGACAAGGACAGGGCCUAUGGAGAGCCUGGCUAAGUUUCCUCGUAGGAAUGGUUCAUCGGCUGGGGUACAUGGUGCAGCUCAACCAUCUGAGGAUCAGUCUCAGCAGCAGCAGACACAGUCACAAUCUCAGCAGCAGCAGACACAAUCACAGUCUCAGCAGCAGCAGCAGCAACAGCAACAACAGACGGCGAGUCAGAACUCAAACCAUGAGAGCUCUGUCCAAGCUGGUGCAAUGCAACUUGCUUCCAGCAAUGGUAUUCCGAGUGUAAACAACUCUUUGAACCAGUCAUCUGUUACUUCGUCUAACAGUACUGUUGUUCGGCUAUUGCACCAAAAUUCCAUGAACUCUAGGCAACAGCCCUCGAUGAAUGGUGUAAGCAGUCCUUAUGCAGGAAAUGGUGUCAACAGCCCUUACGGAGGAAGUUCUGUUCAAAUGCCUUCACCAAGCUCUUCAAAUACAAUGCCACCGUCUCAACCGAACUCGUCCACGUUCCAAUCUCCAACACCGUGUUCAUCAAGCAAUCCACCACAAACUUCACAUGGUGGCUUAUCAUCAGGAUCACACAUGAAUUCUGCCAAUUCCCCAAAUAUUUCAAUGCAUCAGCCUGCUCUUUCAGGUGAUGUUGAUGCUAAUGACUCUCAGAGUUCUGUACAAAAGAUCAUACAUGAAAUGAUGAUGUCUUCCCAACUUGGUGGAGGUGGCCUCGGAGGUGGUGGUACCAUGGGGAAUGAUAUGAAAAGUGUGAAUGGGAUGAUGGCAACUGCUAAUAAUUCCAUUCUUAAUGGAAGCAGCUGCCUUGUUGGGAAUGGGACAGCAAAUGCUAAUAUAGGUAUGGGUCCAGGAUACGGGAACAUGGGCAAUGGACUGAGCCAGGCUGCAAUGGUUCGGGCUGCGUUAGGUAAUAAUUCCAUGUCUAUGAAUGGAAGAGUAGGCAUGCCAAUGUCGCGAGAGCAAAGUAUGAACCAACAGCAACAAGAUUUGGGGAACCAGCUACUUAGUGGUCUAGGAGCAGUCAAUGGUUUCAAUAACCUUCAGUUUGACUGGAAAACAUCUCCCUAAAGGUUUUGAAUUGGCCGUAGCCUAGAAAGUAUGAACAAAGUGACGAGAUCUUUUAGAAGAUAGGGGUGCGUUCUUAUGGUUGUAAUUGCAUAUUUGGUCCUCAUGGUGCUGCUUUGUGCUGCAAAGAUAAAUGUGAGUUUGCCUUGCAUGCUGAGAGUAGAUAUGGUUCCUGAAGAGAGAUCAUUUCAGGCUUGCUUCCGUUGUAGUGAUUUGCGAGAGAAGGAAAACAUGUAGCACAGUAAUUUCAUGAUUGAAAUGUUAUAUCACCUGAGGUUGCAUAAGAUUCGUCUAACUUGAUUUUGUCUGGUUUAUCACAGCGACUUAUUUGCACUAACAGCCUUGAAUAGGACAUUCUAGGAGUGACUUGGUGAACACUUGUACCCUUUCGAGGCAUUUGUAAACACUACCGCACUGCUGAGAUCUUGCCCAUCUUGUGCUGUACCUCUGCCACCACUCCGAAACAUGAGUGUAUAUAGUCUUGGAUUGUGUGGGAGGAAUUUUUAUUGUAGAACUUUCAGGAGCUGGUAGAAUUGACUUACCACUUGCAUGGUAAUGUGUAUUGCAAUCACUUCAUUUCUCCUCUCCUGACCCCUACUAUGUUUUUGUAUUAAUUAGACAGUUUUGAUUAUUGUGGUUGCUGGCUUUUGGAGCGGCUGGAUGCUAAAGAUGAAAACUUACCUAUAUGAUGGGGGGAAAUUUGGUAUCA